ACGUUGUAUUACAUUUAAGGAAAAUUGUCUGAAAUUUCACAUUAUAACUUAGCUGAGGAAGAGGAGAAGGAGGAGGCAAAAGAGGAGGAAGAGGAAAAAGUGGAGGUAGAGGAGGAGAAAGGGGAUGAAGGUGCCGAAGUAGAAGGUGAUGACAACGAUCUUUAGAUCGCGAAAUAGUGCAACUUCUUCUAAAAAAUAAUGAAGCGAAAAUUUUGUUUUGUGAUGCAAUCAUUUAAAUACCCAUUUAUAUUACUCAAAUAUGUAGUCAAACGUCUUCUCAAUCAUCUCUUAUGCAAACAAUAGAGGACGAAAAAGAGGAGGAAAAAGAGGAGGAAAAGGAGGAGGAAGAUGACACAAAAGAAGGUGACAAGGGUCUCCUCAUAUAACUUAAGCAAAGACAAGCCUUUGAUAGAGAUGAUCUCUAAAACGCAUAAAGAGCCUUUUUAGAUUUGAAAUGCCUACAAUCUUCCAGAACAUUGGGUAAAAUCGUUUUCUUAACACUGUCCAUGCAAACAAUAGAGGACGAAAAGGAGGAGGAAAAAGAGGAGGAGGAAGACACAAAAGAAGAUGAGGACAAAGAGGAAGAAAAGGCAGAUGAAGAAGAAACAAAAGACGAGGUAGACGAAGAAGAAGCAGAGGAGAAAGAAACAAAAACAGAGGAAGAUGACACAAGAGAAGGCGAUGGUAAUCUCACAACCCUUACGAAUAUUUACGCCACACGUCGUCAUGUGCGAGUUUAGUGAUAUCUUCGCCAUUUUGCGUUUUGCUCAAUUUUGCAAAGGUGAAGAUGAUUCACUUCAAUAAGAACACAAUACUGUUGAACGCUGAUUCUUAAUUCCAACCUUUGUUUCAUAAUUUUUACAACGCGUAGCCGAGGAACAAAAGGAGGAGGCUGACGAAGCAGAAG